GAGACGAGGACGCCGAAGCGACCGUCUCGUGCCCCCACGCAUGGCCGUAGCUUUCAUGGGCUCUUGAGACCCGCCCCGAAUCGAGAUCGCCAUUCCUUCUUCGAGCAUCGUCGCCAUGGUGGCUCAGAUCUGAGUUACUUUACACUGGCGCUGAGUUGGGUCCCGUUUUUGUUUUGCUUCUUCCUGCGAGCUUGAGGUAAAAAACGUGCGAGUGUUGUUCCAAUGAAUUUUACAUUGACUUCUCAAUAAAGGAUUCAGUACAGUUCAACCGUCAACUCCGUUAACAGUGGCAGGAAGGACAUUGUAGAACCUAAUGGCACUGCCGAGGAAUUCCCGGCAGGGGUCGCAGGGCCCCUCAGUUACGCUUAUCAUCACGGGCUCGGCAGUGAUUGGGUUCCUCUUGAUUGCCGUCUGGGUUUUAAGUGCCCCAGCUGCCAUUCCCGAGGGCGGAACGUCCCUCAACACGGACAACAGUAGGAAGCCCACAGAGGAGUUUGACACCACCCCAGAGACAACCUCCGAGACUACCCCAACAGAAGAUGAAGCGGACGCUACCAAGUCUCCUGUAGUGGACGAUUCCGAGCCUUCUUCGACGACUGAGACGGCGACCCCCACUGUGGAUGAGCCCGAGCCGACCCCAACUGAGGAGAGGUCUGAGCCAACGCCACCCGUGGGGAAGUCUGAGCCAACCCCAACGGAGGUGAAGAAAUCACUAGGGGCAGGCGAUGGGAACCUUCCAGAUGAUAUUACAUCGGGCACUGAAGCUGAACUGACAACUGAGACUCAGGUGACGAACUCGACGAAUUUCGGGACUCAGGUGGAGGAGUCGAAGGACGAGAAGACGUUACAAGAGGGAGGGGAUAAGUCAGAAUCCACCACCCCCGCAGAGUCGACUCCAGCUUUGAAAGAAACUGUGUCGGAAGAUAUUCCAGACUGGAAAUUGUGUAACUUCGAAGGUGCUCAGGAUUAUAUUCCUUGCCUUGACAACCAGAAGGCCAUCAAACAACUUCCUACUACUGCGCAUUAUGAGCACAGGGAGCGUCAUUGUCCAUCUGAAGAAGAGCUUCCCAAAUGUCUCCUCCCUCUGCCCUUAAACUACAAAGUUCCAAUCAAGUGGCCCGAGAGCAGGGAUGCGGUCUGGUUCAGCAAUGUUCCACACACAGAACUGGCUUCAUACAAAUCCGAUCAGAACUGGGUGAAGUUAUCCGACAACAAACAGAAGCUUAUAUUCCCAGGUGGUGGUACUCAAUUUAAGACAGAACAUGGAGCAGCGCAUUACAUAGAAUAUAUCCAGAAGAUUGUCCCUGAAAUAUCCUGGGGAAAACACAUCCGAACUCUUCUGGACGUUGGCUGUGGCGUUGCCAGCUUUGGAGGGUACUUGUUUGAUAAGGACGUGCUCGCAAUGUCAUUGGCCCCAAAGGAUGAACAUGAAGCUCAGAUCCAAUUUGCAUUGGAGAGAGGCAUUCCGGCUAUUAAUAGUGUGAUGGGCACCCAGCGCCUCGUCUUUCCCAGUCAUGUGUACGAUGUUGUACAUUGUGCUAGGUGCCGUGUUCCUUGGGAGAAAGAAGGUGGAAUGCUUAUGCUCGAGUUGAACCGCCUUUUAAGACCAGGAGGUUUCUUCGUGUGGUCUGCAACACCUGUAUAUUGGGAUAAUGAAGAAGAUGUGCAAAUCUGGAAGGAUGUAUCCGGUCUCCUUAAAAGAAUGCAAUGGAAGAUGAUAACAAGAUCAAUUGACCCAGACACCAAAGUUGGAGUUGCCAUAUUUCAGAAACCAACAGACAAUGCCCUUUAUGACUCUCGUGGGGAUACAACUCCACCAAUGUGUGCUGCUGCGGACAAUCCAGAUGCUGCUUGGUAUGUACCAAUGAAGGCGUGCAUGCACAGGAUUCCCGUUGGAAAAGGCUCUCGAGCAGCUAGUUGGCCAGUAGAAUGGCCGCUUCGUGUGGACGCUACACCAGCCUGGUUGAGUUCUACUGAAAAGGGAAUCUUUGGAAAGCCACAAGUUGAGGACUUCGAAGCAGACGCUAAGCACUGGAAGCGUGUGGUGGAGAAAUCAUACAUGAAAGGAUUAGGCAUUGACUGGAAUUCUAUUCGGAAGGUUAUGGAUAUGAAGGCUGGAUAUGGAGGGUUUGCUGCGGCACUUGUUAGUUACCCACUGUGGGUAAUGAACAUCAUCCCAAUUACAGAGCCGGACACAUUGCCCAUCAUAUUCGACCGUGGAUUGAUAGGAAUGUACCACGACUGGUGCGAGCCACACAGCACUUACCCUCGCUCAUACGACCUGAUGCACUCGGAUCGCUUGCUGAGCUCACUCUCAGAGAGAUGCAAGACUGUGAACAUACUUAUGGAGAUGGAUCGUAUCUUGAGGCCAGAUGGAUGGGCCAUUUUCCGUGACACUGCCGAGAUCAUGACCAAAGUAGAAGCAAUCGUAAAGUCGUUGCAUUGGGAUAUUGUCCUCAAUUCUUCAGAGGAAGGUUCCACACUCUUGGUUGCACAGAAGAAGUUCUGGCGGCCUGAGUCUACUCUGUAAUUGCCCAUGAGAUGCGAAAUCUGUCAAUCACUAAAUUUGAAAUCUGCCGGACAUUGUUAACGUAGUUUUCGUUUGCUUGUUGUACUCAGGCUGGUUGACAAUUCAACUGCAACAUACUUUAUCAUGUGGUAGUUCGAUUUCGGUAGUGAAGCGGUUGGAAAUAGGCAUGAGGUGAGACAAUGAGCGAGUUAAUUGAUCGACCGUAGUUGGAAACAAAGAGAUAGACAAUGUUAUUUGACUUGUAGAUACACUUCAUGCAUCUGCAUGAUGAAUAUGGUGUUGCACCUGGUGCAAUUGUAGGUGCUAUUGCGGAUUUUAAGCGUUUUUUUUAUUUUUUUAAUUGCCUUACAUUCUUUCUCUU